AUGGCGACGAUAAAUUCAAUUCUCUUCUUCCUCGCGCUCUUCGUCUUCGAAGCUCGGGGUUCGAAUCCCGUGGUGCGGAUACCCCACGGCCUGCUCCAAGGCACUUGGCGGAUUUCCACGAACGGCAGGAACUACGCAAGUUUCCAGGGAGUCCCAUACGCCAGACCGCCGGUUGGGAAAUAUAGGUUUAGGGAGCCGCAACAGCUGAAACCGUGGCUAGGAAUUUGGGACGCCAGCAAACCGCUUUCGGAAUGUAUUCAGUAUGAUCCGUUUCAGCAGAAAGUUACCGGCAGCGAGAACUGUCUCUACGUGAACGUCCACACGCCGAAGCUAAACGCGGGCGCCCUACUUCCGGUGGUCGUGUUCAUCCACGGCGGGGCCUUCAUGUACGGCUCUGGUUCAGUCUACGACGCCUCCCAUCUGAUGGACCGCGACAUGGUGGUCGUGACCUUGAACUAUAGAUUGGGCCCUCUGGGUUUCUUAAGCACCGGUGACGAGGUAAUCCCAGGCAACGCAGGCUUAAAGGAUCAGUCUUUCGCCUUACAAUGGGUGAAGCAUAACAUCAUGAUGUUCGGAGGGGAUCCUGACAGCAUCACUUUGACCGGUUGCUCCGCUGGUGGCGCUAGCGUGCACUACCAUUACCUGUCACCUAUGUCUAGAGACACAUUCCACAGAGGCAUCGCGUUCAGCGGCUCUGCCUUCGCCUCGUGGACGCACUCCGUGAAACCCGCUGAGAAAGCGCGCAGUCUGGCCGCCAUUGUGGGCUGCCCCACCACCAGCAACAAGGAGAUGGCGGAUUGCCUAAAAUAUAGACCGGCGGAGGUUAUCGUCAACGGGCAAGCUGAGAUGUUUGAGUGGAAGGUCCACUUGUUCACACCGUUCACACCCACGCACGAAUCCCCAAACAGCAAAGCCCCAUUCCUGACGCAGUACCCCUACCGCGUGGCGAAGGCAGGAGGCAUGCAGAGUCUUCCCCUAAUCACGUCGGUGACGUCAGAAGAGGGGCUGUACCCUGCAGCAGGUGUGAGCCAUGCCGAUGACAUACUACUAAUCUACAAUUUCAUGGGGAGCUCGGAAGCUCCAGCUGACGUUCAGAUGCGUCAAAUUCUGAUGGAUAUGCUCUACAGCUACGCUUCUACAGGCGCUCCAAAAGUAGCCGGCGUGGAGUGGCAACCAGUUGAACCCGGGUCUACAGAACUGCGCUACCUGGAGUUCGCCUCACCCACCGACGUGUCAAUGAAAACUAGCACCGAUUUCGGAAACAGAUCAUUCUGGGACUCACUGGGUUUUGUCGAGAACGAAAACUACAAUGUGUACAUAAAAGAUGAGCUG